AUGAAUCAGCGAAACAGUAAAUCUCCAAUAACUUCUCAAUCUACGCCUACGACUAGUCGUGGAAAAGCAAUGGAUGACAAGAAUGUAGUGGAGGCAUCUACAAAAGGUGUUUCUUUAUUGAUCAUUGUACAAGUGAUUACAAAGUUGUUUACUUUCGUCUUGAACCACGCCUUAAUCCGUUUCAUUUCACCAUCCAUCUUUGGCAUAGCUGCAUAUUUGGAUCUAAUAAGAUCCACUAUACUAUUUUUCAGUCGGGAAGCAAUUAGGCUAUCUGUUCAACGUGUCAAUGCCACUCAACCGAGAACAAAGAGGUUACAAGAAGUACUCAAUUUGGGGUUCCUUUCAAUAUUCAUUUCUAUACCGGUAAGCAUUAUAGUUGGGUAUCUACAAGGCUACUUAUCAUCAAAUUUUCAGCAACAUUUUUUGAAGUUACCCUUUCUGAACUUGUCAGUGCUAGUGCUAAUAUUCCUGAUAAUUGCCGAGUUGCUCGUGGAACCAAUAUAUUGUGUUUAUCAAUACGAAUUAGAUUUUGGCAAAAGGUCCAAAUUUGAAAGCACUGCAAUGAUUCUCAAGUGUACUGUAACAGUGGCCUGUGUUUUUCUGUCAGCCAGUUACUUUGAGGGAUCUGAAUUUAAUGGUGCAGCAAUUUUAUCCUUCAUGUUGGGUCAACUAGCUUACGCCGGAACAUUGUUGAUUCUUUAUGCAUUUUCUUUUCAAGGUUUUAAUAAGCUAAAUCAAACUUGUUUGAGGUAUAAGCUUAUAUCCACUAAUGGGGAAAAAAAUUACUUUGAACCUCAAAUCUUGCACAUGUUUCAGAGCUUUUUUUUGCAAAUGAUUUUCAAGCAAAUAUUGACUGAGGGCGACACACUUUUGAUCAGUUACAUGUGCACUAUUGAGGAACAAGGAGCUUAUGCAGUUGUCUCAAAUUAUGGUUCCAUAAUUGCCAGGCUCUUAUUUCAACCGUUGGAAGAAGCAACGAGGCUCAUGCUUACCAAGAUUAUGAGCCAGGCCAAGAAAGAAGAUACCCUUGAUGGAUCCGGGGAGAAGGCAACCUCUGUUAAAGACAAAAUUACACAAAACACCACUACAUCUGGUACAACUAUUACAAAUGACUCCUAUAUGCAAGCAUUUACAUAUAUAAAGAUGGUAAGCUUAUUUUAUUUCAAUUUGUGCUUGGUAAUUUUGUUUGCUGGAGUUACCAAUGGGCCAUUCUUAUUAAAACUCUUAUUAGGCAACAAAAAUAAUUGGGACAAGACCGAUAUCUUUUCAUUGUUUCCACAAUAUAUCACCUAUAUCCCAUUCCUAGCGUUUAAUGGUGUUUUUGAAGCAUUUUUCACUAGCUUAGCAACACCAAAAGAUAUACUGAGGUAUUCCAAGUUUAUGACGGUGGCCACGGUGUUAGUCUUGGCUCUUUCUUACUACCUCAUAUUGGUUUGGAACCUCCGCUUAUCGGGGUUGAUGAUUGCAAAUAUAGCAAAUAUGUCUUUGAGAAUCAUAUAUUGUUUUUUCACUCUUCAAAAGUUUUUCAGCAAGGGCGGAAUUAAGCUCAGUUUUGGCAAAGCGGUAAGCUAUAUUACUCCAUCUGUUGGUAUCAUGGCUGCCACCUGGCUUGGUCAGUAUUGGUUUGUGUUUAGGAAGACAUCCUUUUUCACACAAGAUUGGCAAGAAUUACUCAAAAGCACUAUAUGGUCUGGCAUUUUGUUGCUGAACUUGGUGAUACUUGAGCGACAAAAGUUGCAACAUGCCGUGAGGCGAGUAUUUCAUUUAAAAGAGGAGUGA